AUGGCGAGACAUAAUACGUGCGAGCUCGCGAAUCCGUGGAUACAAAGUGUUGCCUGCAGCUUUAAGACGGACUGCGAACCGGAUAGAAAGUUUGCUAUGUCUAGUGUAGGCUGGAUAGCUUGGGUACAUGGUAGAGGUGGCAACCCCUUCAGUGCUAUCUUCUCUCAGCCAUAUAUGCACAUCCGUAUCUCCUGGAACUGGAAGCUGGUUCUGGGCGCUGUGCCACGCUUCAUAGCUAGGGAUAUGCUGCGAAGGACGGUAUUCCGCAACUUGAGGAGUAAGGCAUUCUGUUACUCCCUAGCGAAGAAACUAGACCAACAGCAAUAUAUGAUGCGCUAA